CGGGGGCGGCUAAAGAGAGCCGGCAAAAUUUCCGAGUGCGGCAAAUACUGCGGCCCCACCGCAAACGGCCCCACCAUUUCGUUCAGCAGCUUUAGACAGUCCUUCACCUCUAAUGUCAAUUACCUGAAAAGACGUUUCAGCUCCGGGGAUUUAUCCUCGGAGUGUGAAGAUGGCGAAGCGCCGGUUGAUCCGUAUUCGAAGGCGCCCCCCGUCACUGCGCAGCCACAGGCUCCUCCACCACCGCCCCCAUCUCAGACAUCGACCGUCGGUGAUUUGUCGCUCAAUCUUCGACCAGGCUCCAAGACGACGAGUGCCCCAAGCAGUCCUGCCAAGUCCCGCGAGUCUCUCCUACAAAGAGUGCAGUCUUUGACAGGACAGGCUCGAGAUCAAGGGGCUUCGAUUUUAGGAGCUGCAGUCUCUAGUGCGACUAGAGUGACAUCCUCGGUUUCUGGAAGAUAUCUCACUUUGCUCGUUGUCGAUGACCAGAACACGGACUGGUCGAAGUAUUUCCGGGGGAAAAGGAUUGGGGAUUAUGACAUUAGGGUGGAGCAAGCCGAGUUUAAGGAAAUUACGGUCACGGCCAAUUCGGAGGGGGCUAAUGUGUCAAUGGCGGUGUUUAGAGGCGGGACAAGAGUUGGGAGGUCAUUCCGACCCGAUUUCUUGCUGGUUCGACAAAACUUGAAGGACGCAGGCGAAAACUACAAGAAACUGUUACUGGCACUAAAAUUUGGAGGCGUCCCAAGCAUCAAUAAUUUAAACUCAAUUUACAACUUCCAGGACAAACCGUGGGUUUUUGGCCAUUUAGUCCAACUCCAGAGAAGACUUGGAAAAGACAGCUUUCCACUCAUCGAACAGACCUUCUAUCCGAACCACCGAGAAAUGAUAACCGCUCCUCGCUUUCCCGUCGUAUUAAAAAUCGGGCACGCCCAUGGCGGUCUGGGCAAGGUGAAAGUGGACAACAUCAACGAUUUCCAAGACAUGGCGAGCGUCGUCGCCGUCGCGAACACCUACUGCACUGUUGAACCUUACAUCGACUCCAAAUACGACAUCCAUGUCCAGAAAAUCGGCAACAACUACAAAGCCUUCAUGCGCAAAUCCAUCUCCGGAUGUUGGAAGACCAACACGGGCUCAGCUAUGCUGGAACAGAUCUCGAUGCCGGAACGCUACCGUUCUUGGAUUGAUGAAGUCUCUGAUUUGUUUGGAGGAUUGGAUAUCUGUGCUUUGGAGGUCGUGGUGGGGAAAGACGGGAGAGAGUUCAUAAUCGAAGUGAAUGACAGCGCACUGACUCUUCUGGGGGAUUCACAAGAGGAGGAUCGGAGACAUAUUGCCGAUUUGGUGGCGUCAAGGAUGCAGGCUAUUUGUAGACCAAGGACUCCGCCAAGUGAGGAACCGGUACCUCCCCCAGUUGGGCCAAGAGGGAUUUUGGGCAGCCUGACCAGCUUGACACAUUCAGAGACUCCGCCACCUAGUGCUUCUGAUCAUCCUUCGUUGUCGAGUGUGGGUAGACGAGACAGCCAAGCAUCUCAGAGCAGUACAGUUAGCAGCAGCGGUCCCAGCACUGGCCGUCUUCCAGACCCUCCACCUCGCCCAUUCCAACGCCAAGGCAGUCAACAGCAAUCAACAACUGAAGACACCGAAGACACAAUGAAGAACUUACGAAAAACAUUCGCUGGUAUAUUUGGCGACAUGUAAACGCUCUGACUAGAGACCGACUGUUUGCUUUUGAAUCGUCAAAAGCAGACAGGUCAAAGCAAUAUACCUGCAUAAAAGGUGUGUUACUCCACUGCCUAGGGCCAGGUACUUGUGGGAAGUACCUUUGUUAUGUUUAGCCUAGUUGUUAAUUGGAUGUAUAACAGUGUACUCGUUAUUAGACGUUUUGUUAUGGGAUAGAGUGAGACAUUAAGGGGCUAAGCGAACACAUCCUCUUUCCCUCUUCUGUAGUAGUACUUUUACCAAUUGUAAAAUGACAAUAUUAUUGUAAUCCUGCUCCUGCACUCCUCUCUGUAACCGUUUCGUCAACUUAUUGUUAGAUUGUGGGUUGUUCAUCGAUUGUUAGAGCAACGAAUGUUUGUAAUAACGUUUCCAGAGAAUUGUUAUUCGCCAUAGUCCGAAAAUUCUACAAACGCACACUGGUUCAAAACCCCAACUAGCAGAAGUGCGCAACUUUUCCUCCUGGUGCGAAUCCGUACAAUUUUUAGAAGACACGUUGUGCCUUUGUAGAAUUUUUAGUUUAUAGCAGCGAUUCUCUCGGGUUUAUCCUCUUUGGUCCGGAACAGUGAAGUUGCGCACACUGGACCUGAUCGACCCGAAUAAGCCUCAAGAGUAUGACAUUAUGUAAUAAUUAGAUUUUACAUGAUCUGUAGAUUAGAUUUACGUAGUGCGUUGUCUCCUUUAUCACAUUUGUUAGGCCUUGGCGAGUUUUUUACAAAGUUAUCUGUAGCUGGCUACGAUGUUUUCAAAUGAGUGAAUAUAAUAUUAUUAACAUAUUAGGCAAAAGUAUUCGAUUUGCAUUUAAUAUAUUGUAAGCAUAUCAUGUUUGUUUGUGAGAUUCGCUCAGUGUUGACUUGCAUAUCCAUUUAAGUGUGUGCGUUUUUCGUUUUGGAGACAGCAACUCGAGGUUGUGUAGUAGCUCAGCUUACAAAUAAUACGUUCGGGCAUAUUGUAUAGUGUUAUAUCGAUGGAAAUACAAUAAAUGAGUAAAUAAGUGCAAA